AUGGCAUCAAAUAAUAAUAGUAAUAAUAAUAAUAAUAAUAAUAAUAAUAUAGAUAUUAAAGAUAAAGAAGUAAAAUUAAAAGAAUGGUUUAAUAAAUUUGAUGAAGACAAAGAUGGAUCAUUAAAUAAAAGUGAAUUAAAAAAAGGUUUUAAAGUUCAUGCCAAUAUUGAUAUUAAAGAUGACCAAAUUAUAAAGAUGAUGGAGCUUGCAGAUUCAAACAGAAAUCAUAAAAUCGAAUGGGAUGAAUUUUAUAAAGUUGUUGGUGAUAGUUCAUCACACGAAAUUAAAGAUAUUGCGGAAUUUUGGUUACAGUACAGCAGCAAACCAAUUAUUCAUGCACCACUAGAUGUACCAUCAUGGAAGUUAUUAUUAUCAGGUGGUGUUGCUGGUGCAGUUUCAAGAACUUGUACCUCACCAUUAGAAAGAUUAAAGAUUCUUAAUCAAGUUGGAUAUAUGAAUUUAGAAAGAGAAGCACCAAAAUAUAAAACUGGCGUUAUUUCAUCAUUACAUAAUAUGUACAAGACUGAAGGUUUUGCUGGUCUCUUUAAAGGUAAUGGUACAAAUGUUGUUAGAAUUGCUCCAUAUUCAGCAAUUCAAUUUUUAUCCUAUGAAAAAUAUAAAAAGUUUUUAUUAAAAGAAGGUGAAGCACAUUUAAGUGCUUAUCAAAAUUUAUUUGUUGGUGGUGCUGCAGGUGUUACUUCAUUGCUUUGUACCUAUCCAUUGGAUUUAAUUAGAUCGAGAUUGACUGUCCAAGUUUUCGCUAGUAAAUAUAGUGGUAUUUCAGAUACAUGUAAAGUUAUUAUUAAGGAAGAAGGUGUUGCAGGUUUAUAUAAAGGUUUAUUCGCAUCAGCAUUGGGUGUUGCACCUUAUGUAGCUAUUAAUUUUACGACUUAUGAAAAUUUAAAGAAAUAUUUUAUUCCAAGAGAUUCAACUCCAACAGUUUUACAAAGUUUAAGUUUUGGUGCAGUUUCAGGUGCUACAGCUCAAACAUUAACUUAUCCAAUCGAUUUAAUUAGAAGACGUUUACAAGUUCAAGGUAUUGGUGGUAAAGAAGCUUAUUACAAGGGCACUUUAGAUGCAUUUAGAAAAAUUAUAAAGGAUGAGGGUGUUUUAGGUUUAUAUAAUGGUAUGAUCCCAUGUUAUCUCAAGGUUAUCCCAGCUAUUAGUAUUAGUUUUUGUGUGUAUGAAGUUAUGAAGAAGAUUUUGAAUAUUGAAUCAAAGAAAAUUUCUUAUUCAUCAUAA